AUGCCUUCUUGCAAGUUUUGGCCACGAUUGAGAGUUUUGCCCGAAGAACAGAGCGUUCACGAGGUUUACACCGAACCGAACACCCACGAUGUUGUUGGCGACGAAACGAAGACAAAAGGUAGUGAUCUCGAAACUACGAAGACAGUCGAGUCAGAGGAGGGUCAAUUGCAGCAUGGAUUUCCUUACGAGUUGAGGGACGAAGCUGGAAGACGUUGGUGGAAAUUUUUCGAUGAGUUCGAGUACAGAGCUAACUCGGAAUACAAGAAAUCACGCAGCUGGUAUUCAUUUCUGUACCCAAAUCACACGACCCACACCAAAGCCGAGCGCACUUUGUUGUAUAAGCUGGACUUACUGGUCGGUGUUUAUUUUUUGAUGCUGUGUUGGUCCAAAUCGCUCGACACUAAUAAUUAUACCAGUGCGUACGUCUCCGGUAUGAAAGAAGAUCUCAAUAUGAAGGGUAACGAUUACAUUUACACGUCGACGAUAUCUAAUGUGGGUGCCAUCGUGUUCCAGCUGCCCUUCAUGUACUUGCUCCCACGGUUCCCAGCGCACAUUAUCUUGCCGUUCAUGGACAUGGGCUGGUCGUGGUUCACGUUUGCGUGCUAUCGUGCCAAGUCUCUGGCCGAGUUAAGAGGUUACCGAUUCAUACUGAGCGCUUUCGGAGCCGCUUAUUACCCUGUGUCCCAGUAUGUCCUGGGCAGUUGGUAUGCACCUGAUGAAAUCAGUUCUAGAGUAUGUCUCUUCUUCUGCGGCCAGCUUUUGGGCGGCGUGACUUCAGGCUUGUUACAGGCGCGUAUUUACAAGAGUCUUGAUGGUGUCGCGGGAAUGGCAGGUUGGAGAUGGAUGUUCUUGAUCGACGCAGUAGCCAUUUCGAUUCCCACGGCGAUUAUCGGGUUUUUCGUGAUACCUGGCAUCCCAUCCAAGUGCUACUCGCUAUUUUUAACUGACGAGGAAAUUAGAGUCGCCCGUGCAAGGAAUAAGAGGAAUCAAAUCAGAGACGGUGUUGACAAAUCUAUGUUGGCGCCGCUGUGGUCCUGGAAAAUCUGGAAAAAAGUUUUGUUCACGCCUGCGUUUUGGGUGCUAGUUGUUUUCGAUACUUGUUCUUGGAACAACAUGACUGCGUUCAGUGGCGGUUACUCAUUGUGGUUGAAAUCAAACCCUAACUAUUCUAUUGUGCAAGUCAACAACAUGUCAGUGCUACCUGCGUGUCUUGGGUUUGCAUACGUUUUCCUGUGUUCAUGGGGUGCGGAUUUGACAAGGUGUAAGUGGGCUUUUAUGGUUUUUGCCGCGAUCAUCAAUUGUGUUUCUUGCGCUAUUUUGAUUAAAUGGGACGUGUCGUCUGGCGCCAAAUGGUUUGCGUUUUUGACAACAUAUUUCUCGGUUGCGCCGUCACCUUGUCUAUGGUCGUUUAUCAACGAUUUCUUAAGGUUCGAUCCACAGGUCAAAGCAGUUACUUGGAUUGCAAUAUAUUCUAUUUCGCAGUCCACCUACGCGUGGAUCCCGGCACUCGCGUGGCAGACGGUCGAAUCGCCUAGAUUUCACACAGGUUACGUCGUCAGUUUGACUUUCGGCGCCAUCUACGGUCUUUGGACGUUCGUCGUUCUGUUCUUCUAUAAGAGAAACGAGAAGAAACAUGCUCUAGGCAACGGGAUUAUUCUCUACAACAGCGAAGAAGGCAAACCUGUGCCCAAAUACGUGGACACUGCAAUGGAAAAGCGCGGUGAAUACUAUUAUCUAAAAGACCACAUCGACAAUUAUCUUACCUAA